CGUGGGGCGUUUCUAGGGGCAUGGGCUGAUUAACGGCUCCUGGGAAUAAUCACAGCCUUGAUCAUUAAUCUAUCUGGACUAUUAUUACGCAAACCCGACGCAUUUUUCCGCUCCGGAUUCGAAAACUAUUUCUGCGGACAUUUCAUGAAACUGUGUGUGACCGUAGACCUACCGAAUUAAAUGAAUUCGCUUCCUGAGACGUAAUAGUUAUGUUGAUUAACGAAAUGGAAGGCAAAGAAAGGCGCUCCAAGAAUAGGCAGUCUGACGAAGGGGAGACAGUCGUCAUGCUGAGUCUGAAAAAAGUUAGAAUGGGAGAACACAGCGGGGCUCGCAUAGCGCUGGUGUUGGUGAAUUUCCUGAUUUUCGCCGGGACGGUGGCCCUCAACCAGCUCUCUGCUUUUCCACAGUACGCAGGAGACAUAUUUGCAAAAAUCAACAACAUAGUGACGGAUUAUGGCCUAGGUGUUCCCCCACAAGGCAUUUUUAACUCGACUGUUGGAAACCUGUCCGCCAUCUACGACACUGAUGUGACCCCGGCUGGAUUCACCUUCAUGAUAUGGACUGUCAUCUACAUAUGGCUCCUGUUGGCUCACCUAUACACUCUCAUCUUGCUGUGUCGUCGUAAUGCCGUGGGUCCUGUGUACGUCAGUCCACCCGUGGUGACUCCAGCCUUCCUGAUCGUGUACUCGAUCAACCUUUUGGCCAACGUUGUGUGGCUCUUCUUGUGGGACAGGGAACUGAUCAUCUACUCUUCAGCCAUCUUGUGGGUCGUCUGCCUCUCGAACUGGAUUGCUCUGGGGAUCAUCCAUGGAACAGUAUACAUCCACGGCCCAUGGAUGAGCCGACAUGCCAGGGUAGACCUCUGGAUGUUCAGAAUUCUCUGGCACAAUGGCCUAGCCAUCUAUACCACUUGGUCCACCAUUGCUGCAUUGCUCAACCUUGGAAUUGCUCUUCAGUAUGAAGCUCACUUGGAAAAGCAGUUGAUUGUUUAUAUUGUCCUUGGAACAAUAUCUGGAAUUAUGCUGUUGUGGUUCAUCUUGGAGAAUACUGUCUUGGAUCGAUUUGUUCGUUAUACAGUCACUCAGUAUGCAGUCAUUGUCUUGACCCUCUCUGGCAUCUACAUCAAGAAGUACGCCGACUCGACCAUGGAAACGGGCUACUUCAUCGUCGUGCUGCUGGGGGUCUCCGUGUUCUGCCUCGUGGCUCGCUUGGGCCUGGUCAUCGUGCGGGCCACCAAGCACCCGCUGUUCGUCAACAACAAGAUCGGCGACGACCCAGUGCUCAGCUACGCCGCAUGAUACUGGGGUUACGUCGAAACGUCAGCCACGCAGGUUGUUGCCACCUACUCCAGUCUCUGAAUGAGGCCUCUUUGAAGACUGGAAGUCACCACAACAAGAUGUUAUGUACAUACAUAUAUAUUACAGGGCGUCAUUGAUGUUCAGAGAAGCUUGUUAGAUAGCUACUUUUGGCAGUUGUGUUUUUGUGUUUAUAUUUUAUGACGGUGGUCAUUGCUCUUUUUAGGGGUAAAUAUUGCUGAGAAAAUUCAUUUCUUGAAGGAGAACUAUACCCUCUUUUGUUCCAAAAUACUCUCGUAGCAUAGAAACGCCUAUUUUUUGGAAUGAUCUUGUAAAAAGGAAUUACUUUAUGACUUAGCUUCUUCCGCGCUCUGAAUGAUAAAAAAAUAAACUGUGCUGAGGUAAGCCAUGAUAAACAUCGCACAUUUUUGUACUAGGAAUUUUUCUAAGUCUGUAUAUACAUAACUAGUUUUAGUUGUAACAUUAAGGACCCAUUUUUUACCCACUCAGACAUCAAUGCAGUAUGUACAGUUUCCCUCCCAAAGAGGAAAUGAAUUUGUAACUUUUUUUCAAAAAGUUCACUUGCACAAGAACGCACAGAUUCUCAAGCUGCGUCUAGGCAGUCCACACGAUUCUCCAAAUUCAGUGAUGUGGCACAAGACAGUCUGUGCAGUUAACUGACUGUAUCUCUUAUCAAACACUCCUUUUUAUUUUUUUUUCUAUUUUUUUUAGAUGUGACUCUGCACCUCUGGUGUGUACACACUGCUGUUACAGAGGCAAUAAAGGAAUGAGUUUAUAUAUAUAUGAAUAUUCAAUGCCAGUUGCUAGAUGUUAUUUUCUCGUGACAUUGUGUUUAUGUUUACAAUGGAAACGUUUUCGUGAAUGACUAAUAAAUAUUUUCAAGUGAU